AUGAUCUCCUCCAAGAUGAUGAGUUCGAAUCCUGAGGAAGACCCUUUGGACACAUUUCUCCAGUACAUUGAAGACAUGGGGAUGAAAGCCUAUGAUGGCUUGGUUAUUCAGAACGCAUCAGACAUUGCUCGAGAGAAUGAUCGCUUGAGAAAUGAAACAAACCUGGCUUACUUGAAAGAAAAGAACGAAAAACGCCGAAGACAAGAAGAAGCAAUAAAACGCAUAGGCGGAGACGUAGGGCGAGGCCACGACCCAAGUUACGUGGGCAAACAUUUCCGCAUGGGGUUCAUGACCAUGCCCGCUCCUCAGGACAGACUUCCCCAUCCUUGCUCCAGCGGCUUUUCCGUGAGGUCGCAGUCCCUGCACUCGGUCGGGGGCGCAGAUGACGACAGCAGCUGUGGCUCCCGGAGACAGCCGCCCCCCAAGCCCAAGCGGGACCCCAGCACCAAGCUGAGCACCUCCUCGGAGACGGUCAACAGCGCCGCGGCCAGCAAGAGCGCGAGGACCCCCGAGCGGAUGGAAGUGUCUGCCAAACCACGACCCCACAGCGAUGAAUAUUCCAAGAAGAUUCCUCCUCCCAAACCCAAACGGAACCCCAACACUCAGCUGAGCACGUCCUUCGACGAGACAUACAUCAAAAAGCACGGGCCCAGGCGGAGGUCGCUCACCCGGGACGCCUCCCUCUCCCAGGUGGGCAGCCCCGCGGGGGACCCCGAUGAGGAGGAGCCGGUGUACAUCGAGAUGGUGGGAAACAUCCUCAGAGACUUCAGGAAGGACGAGGACGACCAGAGCGAGGCCGUCUACGAGGAGAUGAAGUACCCCAUUUUUGACGACCUCGGCCAAGACGCCAAGUGUGACUUGGACCACCACAGCUGUUCUUCGCAGUGUGCUACUCCCACGGUGCCUGACUCGGACCCGGCCAAGUCCUCAGUGCCCUGCACCCCCAAGGGUCUGCUCUGUGACAUCCCCCCGCCCUUCCCCAACCUGCUCUCUCACAGGCCCCCGCUGCUGGUGUUCCCCCCGGCUCCCGUGCAGUGCUCCCCCAACUCCGACGAGUCUCCGCUCACCCCGCUGGAGGUCACCAAGCUCCCGGUGUUGGAAAACGUGUCUUACAUGAAGCAGCAGGCGGGGGCGUCGCCAUCCUCGCUGCCGGCCCACGCCUCCUCGGGGCACCCCAAGCUGGAGAAGGAGCAGGGCGCUGCGCUCGGGCAGGGGGCCGCGGCCUCGGCGCUGUCCUCGUCGCCGCCCGCGCCGUCCACGCUGUACCGCACGCAGUCUCCCCACGGGUACCCCAAAAGCCACUCGGCCUCCCCGUCGCCCGUGAGCAUGGGCAGGUCCCUGACGCCCCUCAGCCUCAAAAGGCCCCCUCCCUACGACGCCGUGCACUCGGGCGGCCUGGCCCGGAGCGCGCCAGCAGUGCCUCCCCCCGCGGCCCGGCCGGUGUCGCAGGACGCGAGCAGGAUGGUCCACGCGGCGGUGGGCACGCACGGCGCGGCGCCCGGGGGCUCGCGCUCCAGGACGCCCACCAGCCCUUUGGAGGAGCUGACCAGCCUCUUCACCUCCGGCCGCAGCCUCCUGCGCAAAUCCUCCAGCGGCCGGCGCUCCAAGGAGCCCGCGGAGAAAUCGACAGAGGAGCUGAAAGCCCGCAGCCACAGCACGGAACCGAUACCAAAGUUGGACAGCAAAGAGAGAGGGUAUCAUGGGGCGUCUUCCUCCAGAGAGCCUAUUAAAGCUCAGGAAUGGGACGGAACACCUGGGCCACCUGUCGUCACCAGUAGGCUGGGAAGAUGCUCUGUGAGCCCCACCUUGUUAGCAGGAAACCACAGCUCAGAACCCAAAGUCAGCUGCAAGCUGGGCCGCUCCGCAUCCACAUCAGGUGUGCCCCCUCCGUCUGCCCCUCCGCUCAGGCCAGCCAGCGACCUGCCACCGAGCCAGGUGGCAUGCAUGCAGUGGUUUCAUGGAGACCAUACAAUGCUUGAGAUGAUUGAGAAAAAGCGUUGCUUGUGCAAGGAAAUAAAGGCUAGACAGAAAACGGAAAAGAGCCUUUGCAAACAGGAUAGCAUGCCUAUCCUACCCAGCUGGAAGAAGAACGCAGGUGCAAAGAAAUACAGCCCUCCACCAUAUUCUAAACAGCAAACGGUAUUCUGGGAUACGGCCAUAUGACUGUACGCGAUGGCGCCAGCGCCACACCACUAAACAGCAAGAGGGAGUUCGACUCGGUCACAUGAUAAGUAACUGUUACAUAUCUUCUCUAUCGGAGUGAAAUGCCAGCACUUCCCUGGAAAACCCUGGGAAGCUGUGCCUACCAUGG